AGGCAUCGUCGGCAGAUUCAUUAGUAGCUAGCAAUCGAUGGCGUAAAGGAAUUAGUGCUGGAUUGCAAUCGACACCUUCAGUGAGCAUCAGAAUACGCUUCGACAAGCGAAGAAGUGCAAUGUCAGGAAACGGCUCAGUGCAAGGUCCAGGAAAGCACUACGUCCUCCCAAAGCUGCACAGGAGCCCAUCCCAGCAGAACUCUGAAGAGCAGUCACGGAAGACUAUUCGCAUCUCAGACCUUCAGGACUCGGAAGAAGAAAACGACAGUCGCAGCCCCGACAUCAAGUCGGCCAUCAGUCAGCUCGAGAAAUCCGUCAGGAUCUCGGACGAUAGUCAUCGAUCACCUCCCAGUGGCUCACAGUCGGGUUCUCAGCCUCAGUCUCAAUCAAAUUCCCUCCCUGGUUCCCUCCCCGGCUCCCACCAGAAUUCAGGAUACAACACACCCAAUGUCUAUUCAAGGCCAAUGUCACCGCCGAUCGCCCCCUCUCCCAUCUCCGCGUCUGCUGGAGGAUCGGCCGCACCCACUCGGCCUGUCAGUGCUGGACCGAGUGAAAACCAGUCUGCAACGGCAUCCCCCACUAGCAAGCAACCGUCGAGCUCUGAACGCGAGCUGCAUGCUCGCGUGAAGCAGGCUGCAGUGCAACGAGCUAGGGAUCUGACCAAUGAAGGGUUCCGAUGGGAUUGACUGGAUUCAUUGCUAGGGCCCUCAACAAGGAAAAGUAUGCCGAGGCUCGUGAUGCAUUUGCCAAUGCAGAACAUGUAUUUCGAGACCUCAAUGACCUGGAAAGUGCAGAAGAAGUUGCAAAACACAAGCUCAAUGCCGAAGCCAAGAUCCCUUCUACUCCCACCCCACCUGCCGGGACCAAUGGAAAUGCCAACAAUGGGAUCACAUCAAAUGCAGGCACUUCACAGAAAUCAACGCCUGAACCCAACUCUGAUUCGUCAAACAACGGAACACCAACGUCUUCCACGAACGGCACCCCGAAAGGGUCCAAUCAGAAUCAGAGCGAUUCUCCAGUGCAACCAGAUAGUUCAAUUCAACCUGUCACGAUGCAGCAGCAAAAUGUUGCGCAAAAUGUUGGAGCCCAGUUGAAAUGUGGGGUGGGCAUUUCAUUUGCAAAGAAUGAUUCUGGGGAGAGCAAGAUUACAUCCAUUCGACAGAACAGCCCUGCUGACCUCUGUGGUCAACUUCAGAUUGGAGACACGAUUUUGAAAAUCGACGGAAAGUCGGUUUAUGACAAGUCUGUGGAGGAAAUCAUCGAGUUAGUGCUGGGACCGCCGAACACCAGCGUUCAGAUCACCAUUCAAACGCAAUACGGCUUCCCUCAUGUCAUGACGGCGCCAUUCCAAGAGCUCCCUUUCGACCUGAAGAAGGACAAGAGGCGGCGGAAGGAAACCUCGAAAUCGAACACCGCCAACGAUUUUUUGCGGCCAGAAAACAGGUUGUACGGAGGUGGGAGGCUCCCCCCGGGUUUCGAGCACCUCGAGUCCUUGAGAUCAGCGCAACCUUAUACAACUCCUUCUCUCAGCGUUCGAACUGUGAAUUUGUCGCGGCAACUCCCCCUCAAGCAAAACUCAGAAGCCUCGCUGGACUUGAGACAGGCCCUGACGCAGGAGCAGCGGCCAGCUGAAGAAAGGCGGGUGUCAGUGGGCGAGUGACAUGGGAGGGGGAGGAAGCGAAUUGGAUGUCUGUCUUAUGUCAACAUGUCUAGAGUUGCCAAGUCUCAUUACAAGAGUCUGUAGGUC